AUGAGUGAUAGUGAUAUAAUUAUGGAUGAUAAUCCGUUGAACAAAGAUAGCUCUAAAAAGCGAAAAAGUAAUAAAGAAUAUAUAGAAACUCAAUUAAAAGCUUAUAUUUCAAGGCUAAAAUCGGAUAAUAUUCCAAUUGACUUUGGCUCUGAACCAAAAUCAACUGAUCACAAACAAUGGUCGACUUAUUUUAAAAAAGUAAAACAGAAUUUAGAAGAAAUGAAGCAUAAUGCUGAAUGGGCUUAUGUAGGUGCAUUGAUUAUUCAAACGCACAAGAUGAUGCAAAUAUCAAAAAAUAAGACUUUUAAAGAUGAUGACAAGCACAAAAAGGAUUUAAUGACAAUUCUAACAAAUUCAAUCCUGGAUAAUAUAUCUGCUACUCAAGCUGGUCGAUGCAAACAGGUUUAUAAUCAUAUCACUGAUUUAAUAUCAAAAUUAGAAAAGCAGGAAAUUCUUUUAGAGAUUUGGUAUCCUUUAUUAAACAAAGCUG